UCCUCCCUUCAUAACCCAACUCUCUUCUUUCUCAAUAAGUUUCGCAUCCCCACCUCCUUCGUCACCAAGAAAAUUAGACUUAUUCGUCCUCCUCCAUAUUUAAACCCACAUCAUUAUCUUUUGUGACCAAACCAGCUUCAAGCAAUACUCUGAAGUUUUAAACCUCAAUCCACGUUGAGAGAGAUGAAAGCCGAUUGGGGACCGGUUGUUGUUGCAGUGGUUUUGUUCAUUGUCCUGUCACCAGGGCUAUUGUUCCAGCUACCAGCAAGAACAAGAGUAGUAGAAUUUGGGAACAUGUACACAAGUGGGAUUUCCAUUCUAGUUCAUGCUGUUAUAUACUUUUGCAUAAUCACGAUCCUGAUCAUCGCAAUAGGUGUUCACAUACAUGCCAACUGAUUAGAAAAUUCCCUUCUUUAAGUGGGAAUGAGUAAUCAAUCAGAAACAGCCUAGGCGAAGGCCACUUUUAUAGUUCUAUAUACUAUUGUUUUCUUCCAUUUCCUUCUUAUACAUGAGUUUCUUCUUUCUUUUCUUCUGUAUUAGCAUUACUGUUUCCUAAUCUUCUUUGCCUCGUGUUCAGUAUAGUUUUAAAUGCGAAACCUUGAGGUUUUUUUA